CAUCGAUCGAGCUCGGCGGCAGCAGGAGUGUGCCGCUGUCGGCCGCGCUCAGCAGACAUGUGCCAGUGAACGAUGAACGGUGACCCGGCCACGAUGGCCGCGCAGGCCAGCGCCGGCGUGGUGGACCUGAAUGUGGGUGGCGUGCUUUACACGACGUCGGCGGCCACGCUCACCUCCUGCGCCGGCUCACUGCUCUGCCAGCUGUUCUCGGGAGAGACCAGCGAGCCGCCGCUCCGCGACGCCAAGGGACGCGUCUUCAUCGACCGCGACGGCGUGCUCUUCCGCUACGUCCUCGACUUCCUGCGCAGCCAGAAGCUGGUGCUGCCGGAGAAUUUCCAGGAGUGCGACCGGCUGCUGGCCGAGGCCGAGUACUUCCAGCUGUCGGAGCUGGAGGAGGCGCUGCGCGCGCCCGGCGGCCGGCCGCGCGACCUGGCCACCCGCUCGCCCGGCUGCAUCACGGUCGGGUACCGCGGCACGUUUGCAUUCGGCCGCGACGGCCUGGCCGACGUCAAGUUCCGUAAGUUGGCCCGCAUUCUGGUUUCUGGCCGCGUGGCGCUGUGCCGCGAGGCUUUCGGGGAGACGCUGAAUGAGUCGCGCGACCCGGACCGAGGCCACGUGGACCGCUACACGAGCCGCUUCUUCCUGAAGCACUCGUUCCUGGAGCAGGCGUUCGACAUGCUGUACGACGCCGGCUUCCGGCUGACGGCCAGCUGCGGCUCCGGCACGGCCAGCAUCUCGGGCAUCUCGGACAAGCCGGGCUCCGACUCGGAGGAGAACCGCUGGAACCACUACAACGAGUUCGUGUUCAUCCGCGACUGAGCGGCGCCCAGCUGAGCGGCGCAGCCCAGGUGAGGGCCCGGCUGACGCCGGCGGUCGCUCAUGGCGGCACGGUGAGAGCCCGCUGUGCGGCACCAUGGGGCGGACCGCCGGCCUGAGCCGCCGCCGGCCCCGCCGCCGGCUGAGAGGUGCCCGACCGCUGUCGGACGGCCGGCCCGACCGGCGGCGCGCCCAUUCCCGUGAGUGACGAUAAGUGCGGUCCGGCGGCGAGCAGCCCCGCUCGGCGGCCGCGGCUCGGCCACCCGAACGAUGGGUGCGCGACGGCGACGCAUUAGGACAUUGCUUUCAACGGCGGGCGACUGCCAGACCUCUCAUCAGCCGAGAGUCGAAGAUGAAUCGCUAUGUAACGGUGGCCGGUGUGUUACGGCAGCUGUAAAUGUCUGCCGGGGAAGCGCGCGCCGGCCCGAUAUCCGCUCCCCAGCGGUGGCCUAGAUGCCGGCCUCCGGCCCCGCCUCCAGCGUGCAGCAACUUAUCCAAUAACCUGGAAAAGCGGCCGCCCGGAAACGUCUGCCGUGCCGCGGUUACCGAUCUGGCCAUCCAGGUAACAGUUGGCGCCGGCGGACGCUGUGCUGGCCGCUCCCGAUCGCUAGCAAAAUAGUUAAAAGACAGCGACGCUGCAGAAAUACCACCGCAAAAACCCUUUUUUUAAACAGGGCACGAUUAAAUUCACCCUCAUAUAUUAUAAAUAUGAGUUUCCUCUUGAUGGUCGGCUUAUAUUUUAGUGUACUUUUAUUUGCCGGGUUAAGAAUGUUAUAGCAACGUAAUAGCCAUAACAUGUCAGUUGUCAUUUGCACGGUGCGUGAUUUUUUCUCGGUGAACUCAGCCAAAACAAGGUUAUUGGAGCGAGACUUUCGACACUUCGCUUGCAGAUCCGCUUGAAAUGCUUUCAUUAAUACAAACCGAGUAGGGCUAUUCUCAGUUUUACAAUUAUUUCAAUUUGCAACGUCUCAUACGGUUUCAAAGAAAUGGAACCUCCUAACAAUCUUGACCGAGAUUUUUCAGGGUCAAUGUAAAAUAAACAUUGAACCAGGAAACAAGAGACAUCACUUGGGCUUUGUGACGCAAAUCCGUGGGACCAUUGCUGCAAAUAUAUCAGUUCUGGUUGAAACGUUUCGAGACCUAUUUUACUUAUAACAUUUUGUCAAAAGCUAUAAACGCAAACUCUGAGAUGCGGACGAAUAGAGUCGCCGCGCGAAUCGGCCGGCCGCUCCGGGGCUGCGAGUUUGUGCGGCGACUGACGGUUUGCUGUGACGACCAAACUGCUGGUGACGGUACUCGUCCCAGCCGGCCUGUCUCAGUCUGUGAUGGCCGCGGCCCGAGCCGUGCACGUAUAGUUCGGCUAGCGGCGGACGGCGGCGGCGGCGGCGCGGUGCCCGGCCGCGGUGUUUGGCAUAUUGUGGACGCUGCCAAUCGAUAACAGCGAACCGUUGAACAGAGCCCUGGCUAUAUCCAUGAACUCCACGGUGCUAAAUCAACGUCAUCUCACAGUUUAAGCAGUUCAUGACUUGUCUGAGCAUAACAGAGCUUAAAGUUUGGAAGACCUUUGUUGUUGCUUCUGUCCGCCCAGUGUGCAUUCAAAGUUUCCAAAACUUGUCGUGCCCUGCGGUACUACCUACAUCAGCCGCCCUGAGGCCGCGAACCGUGGCCGCACACCGCCGCCCCCGCCGCCGGACAGCGCCGCCCCCAUAGACAGUCGGCGCCGCACGAUAUUUCAAUGUGUUUCUUUGUAAGCUAGUGAGGGGCGGUUAGCGCGUGAAGCCAGUCGUCUGCUGGCGGGUUGAGAGGGUCGAUAGUAGGCGACUAGCGAUGGGUGCCGAUGGUGAGCUCUGAUGGGUGCGAUCGGGACGGUAUGGACCCUGAUGGGUGCGAUCGGGAUGGUAUGGACCCUGAUGGGUGCCGAUCGGGAUGGUAUGGACCAUGAUGGAUGCCGAUCGGAGUGGGGUGUGAGCCCGGACGGGUGCCGAUUGGGAUGGAGUGUGAGCCCGGACGGGUGACGAUUGGGAUGGAGUGUGAGCCCGGCCAGCCAGCGGACCGAGUUCGGCCUCCUAUCUGUCGGCGGUGAGGCCUCAGUGCUCUCUGUUCGCUGUUACGAACGCCGUUAAUGUUAGCGUGUGUUUGAACGUACGUGUAGUUGGAAAUUACACUAUGCUGCUAAUACAGUACAGUCACCAGCACUUGCUAC